AGCAAGAAGUACCUUGCCGGCCUGAGGCAUGGCGUUCCCAGCCCGACUCAUACAGGCGUUCCUGUUGGCCGUGCUGGUGGUCACAGCAGCAGGGGUCCAGUCCAAGAGCCUGCUAAGUCUGCUCACCUCGGGACAGGAUGCUCUGGAUCGCCAGGCACUGGACGGCCUGUUAAAUACGCUGGCGGCCCGUGUGCACUGCACCGACGGGCCGUGUGAAAAGUGUUUGUCUGUGGAGGAUGUCUUGGCCCUAGGCGGAACCGACAGGUCUCGGCGUGCCCCAGAACCUGACCUGGAGUCCAGUUACAUUGGCCACCUUAGUGCUGCUGCUGUUCUCUACCUUAGUAACCCAGAGAAAACAUGCAAAGAUAUCGUCCAAGCUGGCCUCUUGGCCUCCCAUGUGGACGAGUACCUGGCCACACUGGAGAGUCCAGAGGCCAUGACCCUGGGUCUGAGCCAGCUACUGCAGAAGAUUGAGGCCCGCGCUGCCAGCCGGCCCACCGGGGAGGAGACCUGUGUAGAUGUUUCCCAACUGUUGGAGGAGGCUGACAAAGCAGGAGUUUUCAGAAGCCCAGGCCUGGUCCUGACUGCCUUGCUGGAUCACGUCCUAAAUGGGUCCUGCUUCCAAGGCCUGCCAAGCCCUCAGUACUUUGUGGAUUUUGUGUUCCGGCAACACAGCAGCGAGGCUCCCAAUAUCACACUAUCUGAACUGGAGGUUUUGAUGCAUCACCUUGGGUUGAGUGGAGAGGACCACAGCCACCAGGAUGAGGACCACAGCAGUCACCACGAUGAGGACCACAGCCACCACCAUGAGGAUUACAGCCACCAUGAUCAUGAGGACCACAGUCAUCUGGACAGGGGAGCCAGCCACCGAGCCUCAGAGCACUAUGCUAUCCCCAACAGCAGCUCUAGUGUAUGGGACACGGUGUGCCUUAGUGCCAAAGAUGUAAUGGCUGUGUAUGGGAUAUCUGAACAGGCUGGGGUGAGCCCUCAAGCCUGGGCUCAACUGACCCCAGCCUUGGUCCAGCAGCAGCUAAGUGGAGCCUGCAGCCGUCACACCAGUGUCCAUAUUCAGGACAAGCUCAGCCAAGCAGAGAGGUAUCUAUAUGGCUCUCUGGCUACACUCAUCAUCUGCCUCUGCGCUGUGUUCGGCCUUUUGCUGCUGACCUGUGCCAGAUGCAGCAGAGUCACCCACUACGUCAUGCAGACCUUCCUGAGCUUGGCGGUGGGUGCCCUCACAGGAGAUGCGCUCCUGCACCUGAUACCGAAGGUGCUGGGACUGCACACACACGGUGGAGAGGGUCACACCCACGAGGAGUCGGGCAUUGGUGCACAGGCCACCUGGCGCCUGCUGGCCGUUCUUGGAGGCUUCUACAUCUUCUUCCUGUUUGAGAGCUUCUUCAACCUCCUUUUGCCCAGGGACCAGGAUCCUGAGAAGGAUGGGCCUUGUAGCCACGGUGGACACAGCCAUGGAGUAUCGCUGCAGCUGGCAUCUAGCGAGCUCUGGCAGUCCAAACCGUCUCAUGAGAGCUCCCGCACAGACUUGGUGACAGAGGAGAGCCCAGAACUCUUGAACCCGGAGUCCCAGAGACUGAGAGGAGAGCUGAGGCUGUUGCCCUAUCUGAUCACGCUGGGUGACGCGGUACACAACUUCGCUGAUGGGCUCGCUGUGGGCGCAGCCUUUGCAUCCUCGUGGAAGACUGGACUGGCCACUUCAUUGGCAGUGUUCUGCCAUGAGCUGCCUCACGAACUGGGGGACUUCGCUGCUCUGCUGCACGCCGGGCUGACUGUGAGGCGUGCGCUUUUGCUGAACCUGGCCUCAGCACUCACGGCAUUCGCUGGACUCUACGUGGCUCUCGCAGUCGGAGUAGGCGAGGAGGGCGAGGCUUGGAUUCUGGCGGUAGCCACCGGCCUCUUCCUUUAUGUGGCGCUUUGUGACAUGCUCCCAGCCAUGAUGAAUGUGCGGGACCAGCGGCCGUGGCUUCUUUUCCUGCUCCACAAUGUGGGUCUGCUGAUCGGCUGGACCAUCCUGCUGCUGCUGUCAUUGUAUGAAGACAGCAUCACCUUCUGACAGCUGUAUCUCAUCCCCGCCCUCGUCCCUGUCUGAUUCUGCUUUAUCUUCUUAAGCCAGCUAACUUGUGGAUCCACUGGGUAACCAGAGGGUUCAGGCCUCUGUCCGCAAGCUCACUCUAGACCUCAAUAAAGGCUUUUUGUCCAUCAA